UUGAAGCAGCAGCAGCAGCAGCAGUAACAGUCUAAUAGUCUGGUCUGGUCUGGUCUUGUAUGAGGAUCCGGAUCCGUGCAGGAUAACAUCCCAUAACCGAACUGACUGACUGAGUGAGUGGGCAGAGAUGGUGGUCGUGGUGAGGGUCUCCGCCUGUCUGUGCCUCCUGGUGGGCUUGUCGCUCCAGGUGGACGUGAAAAGUGGCAAAGAAGGAGCAAAAGCCGGGAAUUUCAUGGAAGAUGAGCAAUGGCUGUCAACGAUCUCCCAGUACAGCCGGAAGAUCAAACACUGGAAUCGCUUCAGAGACGAAGUCGAGGAUGACUACAAAAACACGGAGGAGAACACGGGCUCUGAUGAAACUGCAGACACCACUAAGGACCCGUGCCAGAAUGUGAAGUGUAGCCGCCAUAAGGUGUGCGUGGCCCAGGGCUACCAGAGGGCCAUGUGUGUCAAUCGCAAGAAACUGGAGCACAGAGUCAAACAGUCGGGGCAGCUGGACGUCCAUGAAAGCAGCUGUAAGCCAUGUCCCGUGGCCGCCUCCUCACCUGUAUGCGGCUCUGACGGACACAACUACGCCUCCGAGUGUAAGCUGGAGCAGCAGGCCUGCCUCACUGGAAAAGACCUGAACGUCCUGUGUUCUGGCUUCUGCCCCUGUGCCACCUCCUCCAUCACCAUCUCCAACAGCGACACAAAGCGUGAGAGCUGCACUGGCCAGGACCUGGCAGACCUGGGCGACCGCCUCCGAGACUGGUUCCAACUCCUUCAUGGCAACGCGAAGCAGAAUAACUCUGGCAAGCUGGGAGCUGGCACCGCUUCAGCGCUGGAUAAAAGCCUAGUGGCGAGCUGCAAAGACUCCAUCGGAUGGAUGUUCUCGAAGCUGGACACCAACGGGGACCUGUAUCUGGACCACGCCGAGCUGGCCUCUAUAAACCUGGACAAGUAUGAGGUCUGCAUCCGACCCUUCUUCAACUCCUGUGACAGCUACAAAGAUGGGAAGGUGUCCACAGCUGAGUGGUGCCUCUGCUUCUGGAGAGAAAAGCCACCGUGCCUCACCGAGCUGGAGAGGAUCCAAGUGCAGGAGGCGUCCAAGAAGAAGCCUGGCAUGUACAUUCCCAGCUGCGAUGAGGACGGCUACUACAGGAAAGUGCAGUGCGACCAGAGCCGGGGGGAGUGCUGGUGCGUGGAUCAGCACGGGGGAGAGAUGAUGGGAACCAGAAUCCAUGGCAACCCUGACUGCGAUGAAGUUGCGGGAUACUCCGGAGACUUUGGCAGCGGCGUGGGAUGGGAGGACGAGGAGGAGAAGGAGGCGGAGGACACCGGGGAGGAGGCGGAAGAGGAGGAAGAGGAGGAGGGUGAGGUGGAUGACGGAGGGUACAUUUGGUAGGACGGUUCAAACCCUACACGGGGAGCUGAGUCACAGCUGCCGGUCUAAAAAACCUACAGGGACGGCUCUCUCCUGACAGCUAAUGAUUCUGGGAGGAGGCUUUUGGAGGCUUGGAGGAGUUGUGUAUCAUCCUGCUGGUGUUUUGGUGACUCGAGCAGGUCCAGUAAUGACAUGAUGACCAGUUUUUGUCUUAGAUAUGUGUGUUGCUUCAUUCUCUUCUCUGUUUUUUGAUCAACAGGGCUUUUUGUUUUCGCCAACACACCGACUACUGCGCCGUAGGUAGCUACAGUCCAUCAAAACACGUGUCCAAACACCAUCUAUGCAUAUAGCGAUUACUGGUAAUUUUGUAUCGUGAACAAUUGCUUGAGUAUUAGAGCCGCCGUCCCACUGGAAUGAAUAGAGAUCUGACUUCAAAACAGUUCAGUGCAAUGUGGUUAUGUAUUUCAAUGCUGAUUCUGUACAUAAACCCAGUGUAAAUGAUCCAUGAGGCAAGUUUAGAGGAUUCCUAUCAGUCCUGUUCGAACUACCUUUAUGAAAAAGGUGUAACAUAGCAGUUUUUAACUCUCACACACAUUAUCGGUUAAGUGGAUAGACACAAUGCGUACUGUACUGUACUGUACAUUUUCCUUUUAUCGAAUGUACUAAACACCUGGAAAACACGUCCCGCCCUCUCUCCUCCUCUAAUCAUGUCAAAGAAUGUGCCACGAUGACAUUUAUUUUGUUUGCAACUUGAAAAAAAGCUGUAUUUUGUGUUUAUAAAUUAAUGUGUGCAUUACUUGAAGUUAUGUGUGUAUACUUGAAUUCCCCUUGUAAUUUUUUUUUUUUUUAAUGAGAAAGUUGUUGCCAUGUCUUCAUUCAUGCUAUAUUAAUAAAUAGGCCAGGCAUUUGGUUGUUUUUAGUAUUGCAUGUUAGUAAAUAAGAAUGUACUUCUAGGCUGAGCACUUUACUAAUAAAGGCACCGGGGCCAAAGCGG